UUGGAUCAAGUAGUCCACGGUAUAACCAAUCAAGAACCCCGUGAUCCACGGCGUAGAACGGUCUUCAGGCAGCAGAUAAAUCCUCCUCCUCUUUGUUUCUUCCUUCUGGUGGUGAUGGCAUAAUGGCGCCAAACAAGAAAAUCUACAACUAAGCAUAGGCUAUAGCGUUAGAAUCGUUUCUUUCUUCUUUUUACAUUAUAACGAGAACGAGAUCAUUCGCAGGAAGCUGAGAGGUCCCUUGUUUGGUUCGCUGCAGUGGUUUUGGGAGCAAGAACGGAGAGAACAGGCACCACGAAGAGUGUGGUGAUCCUUACUUCUGAAGGCCACACCGCAAAGGCGUCCAAGUUGGGUACCACUAGAAUUAAGAGAUGACCGCCUGAGUGAAACGUCCAAAAUGCAAGCAACCAACCACAGAGAAAAGGAUUUGCCGCCUUUUGCCGGUCUCUCCUUUCAUUAAGUGACCCGUCUUUCAUGCUUUCGAGAAGUUGGAAGGGAGAUUGCCCUUCUGCUUUGGGCUAGAGAAGGAUCGGGCCUUGAGAAGAGAAGCGGCUGGAGAAGAUGUUCGGCAGAUUGCAGAGGUUCAAGUCAGAGAAAUCGGGAGACAGAAUCGAGUUUAAAUUCUCCCAGAUCCAAGCAAAUCAGGUUGGUUGCAGAAUUCGAGAAAAAGCACAAUGAGGGGAUCUUGGGCUAACCAAUUAAGGAGAUAACAGGAAGGUUCCUAGAGGAUGGGAUAGGCUUGUGGUGACAAUUGUCUCCGUGGAAACAGGGAAAAUAAUUGCCAAGUCCAAUAGAUCAUUGGUACGAGAUGGGACCUGUCAAUGGACGGAGACAUUCUCAGAGUUUGUAUCGCCUUCUCAAGAUGAUACGUCAAAAGACAAUGAAGAACAGCUAUUUAAGUUUGUUGUUGCCAUGGUUAGAUGCCUGGAUCAGCUAGAUCAGGUAUCCUUGGAGAGGCUGUCAUCAAUUUGGUAGAUCAUAUGACUUCAAAAGAUCCAGAACCAAUCUUAGUGCCCCUGAACAAGUGCAAUUAUGGGACGGUCCUGCAAGUCAGCAUUCAGUGUCUUACUCCAAAAGCAAGAUUAAGGGGCAGGAGGCACAGGAGUCAACAAUCUUCAGAUGCUGAUGGAUUCACUGCUGAAUACGAUGAUAUGCACGAAUAUUCUCAAUCUGAAGAAAUUUCUGCUGGAGGUUUUGGAACUAACUCUAGCAAGCAUCUGGAUGGCACUAGUCAACAUGGUUCAGGAAGAAGGGACACGAGUUCCUUGAGGGUAGCAUCAACAAACAGUUCUUCAUCCAGAGAAAGUUCAGUUGUGGGAACACCCUCUAGGGAUAGCUUGAAUGGUGACAUGACAUCAACCACUGCCUUUACAACAUGGCAAGAUUUAGAUGACUCCAGAAGUAGCACAUCUAAAGCUGGUUUUGCUGAAAGGCGGCGUAGAUCAAAUUCCUCAUCUUUUGGUUCUAGCGAAAUGGGGUCAGUGGCUAACACAGAGAGUUUGGGAUUAAAUAUUAUGGAUCAGAGUUCCCCACAGGCACAUUCAGCAUCCUAUACAAGGACAGCAGACCAUAAAGCCUAUCUGGAAGCUUCAGAAGCAACAAUUAAAGAGCUCCAAUCAGAAUCUUCGAUGUGGGAAAGGACUGCUGAAAAACUAAAGCGCGAAGUUGCCAGCCUCAGGAAGGAACUUUCUGAUCAGUCUGAGCUUAACCAAAAUCUUGGUGUUGAAGUUUCUGAAGCAUGUGUGGAGCGUGAUAGAUUGAAGCUCGAACUAAAUAACUUGAAGGCAUCGCAAGCUUCUAAAGAAAAGAAUUCUUUUAAAGACAAUUCAAUGAUUCAUGAAGAGGAUGUACAAAACCAAUUAAUGGAAAUGAAACAAGAAAUUGAAUAUCAGAAAGAGUGCAAUGUUAACCUUGCUUUACAGCUAUCAAAAACUCAAGAAUCAAAUAUGGACCUUAUUUCUGCAAUACAGGAACUUGAAGAGACCAUUGAGGAGCAGAGGCUAGAGAUAGAGAAGAUAUCAACACAUGACAAAGAUGAUGAUGGAAUAAUUCCGAAGUUACAAGACAAAAAGGUCAGUGAAAAUGACAACCUACAUAUCCAGUUGCAGGAACUUCUUCAAUCUCAAAAAGAAAUGAAAUCAGUUAUUCUGUCUCUUCAAAAAGACAUUGAUGACAAGCAGAAGGAGAUUGAGUAUGAAAGAAAUCUCAAGGACCAAACUGUAUUAAAUCUUGAUACAGAGAAACAGAAAUUGUCUGCAAAGGAAGAACAAAUUAGCGAACUGGAGGCUCAGGUCGCAGGCUUGCUUGGCAACCAUCCUCUGCAGACUACAGUAAGUGGUGAAAAUUCUGAACUACUUGAAGAAAUUGAGGCAUUAAAGGCUAAAGUCCAAGAACUUGAGAGAGACUGCAGUGAACUGACUGAUGAAAAUUUGGAGCUUAUAUUAAAGAUGAAAGAAGUGAACAAGGGAAUGCCUGGAACUAUUGCAGAAGUUGAAGAUAACUUAGCCUUAUCUCAACAACCAGCAAAAUAUGAGCUAAAGGGCAUUGCAGAGGGGAGAGAUGUUAAUGCCUCGAACCCAGGAAAAGUCAAGCAACAUGGUUUGAAGGACGAAUUCUUAGAGGUUAUGUCCCUGGUUAAAAAGCAACUAAAGGCAUCUUCUGAACUUGUAAACAGUCAAUGGUAUACCCUAGAAAACUCUGAAAUUGAGAAUAGAGUAGACCUACUCCAGGGCUGUAUUCUUGAGGAUGCCGAUUUGAUGGAGGAGGCCAAGGGUUUAUUUAACCAGCUUCAUGAAUUGAACAAAGAUUUGGAGGCAAAAGUUCUUGAGUGCAGUCUUAAGUUUUCAAAAGUUGAUUCAGGGACCAAGCAGCGAGGAGGUGCAAAUGGUUCAGAUACGCAUCAGUUGCUGAAAGAUCACGAAACAAGAAUAGGUGAUCUUGUUAAUUCAGUAAAACAACUAGAAACCAUGAACAUGAAUUUGCAACAUGAAAUUGGGGAGCUGAAUAAAGAGCAGGCUGCAUGCAGGUGUAGGGUGCUCGACCUCGAGACUGAAUUGUCCACCAAAAAUGAAGAGAUGGAAACUCUGAGGCUUGAAAAUCAGGAUCUGACAACUGAUAUUGAAAAGCUAAAAAAGGAAAAGGAUUGUUUGGAUGAGAGUUUAAAAGAUGUGCUCAGGGAAAGUGGUCUUGCUUCUAAAUUCUUGGAUGAUGCGCGUCAAGAUUUAAGAAUGCUAGCUAGCAGUGUGGAUUCACAUAUUUCUGCAAGGAGGUCUCUUGAGAAUAAGUCAGUGGAGCUAGAAAAUGUAAAGGAAGAAGUGGAAGCCCAACUAUCUGAACUGGAAGAAGAAAAUAUACAUUUAUCGGAGCGUAUUUCAGGCUUGGAAGCUCAACUAAGGUACUUAACAGAAGAGAGAGAAUCAAGUAGAUUAGCAAUUGAAAAUUACAAGUGUCAAAUAUCAGACCUUCAAAAUGAGCGAGAAACCAUUGAAAAUAAUCUUGGCAAGGAGAAGGCAGAGUUAGAGUUAAAGUUAAUAGAAACACAGACAAGAUUUUCUGAAGCUCAAGAAGCAGCUGAACUUGCCAGACGUGCUCAGUCCAGAUUGCAAGAAAAAGUUGAAUGCCUUGAAAAAGAUUGUGAAUCCCUCCAGAAAUUGAAUACAGAGCUAAGAAGACAAAGACUUGACCUGCAUGAUAACUGUGAAAGCCUAGAGGGAAAAUUCCGUGCAAUGCAAGAUAAGUUUUCUAUUUUCCUGGAGAAUGUUGAGCUCUUGGAGAUGAAACUUGACUCCAUUCAGAAUGAUGUUGCUCUUAGAGAGAAUUCAUUUUCCUCCGAAGCAGAGGAUCUCACCAUGCAGUCCAAGGAACUUACUGAGAAACUCCAUCAGUCAGAGGACCUACUGAAUCAGUUGAGUUUGGAUAUGAAGGUUGAAAUUCAGAGCCUUCAAGGUGAGGUCGAAUGCCUUAAAGCACAACUGUCGAUGACUGAUGACCAAAGGGAGAACCAAGCUUCUAAUGCAGUACUUCAAAUAUCACAGCUACAAAGUGAGAGGCGAAGGCUUGAAUGUGUUCUGCAAGAAGUACAUGAUAAGGUUAAACGUUGUGAAACUGAACUUUUCACCACUAGGCUGCAGUCUGAAACCAAGGUGCAGGAGUUGAUGGGUUCACUUGCUGCUUCUAAGCAAAAUGAGCAAAGCCUCAAGGUUGAUCUUGAACAUAUGCAGAAAGUGCUAGAGGAUACAAGACUUAGUGAUGGUAACUCAAAAAAGGUGGCUAAUGAACUGGAGUUAAAGCUAAGGUCGCUGGAAUAUGAUAGGCAAAAGCUAAUGGAAGAAAUUGAUGGUCUGAGCGAUCAGAUACAGAAGGCAGUGCAUCUUAAAGACGAAAAUUUGUCACUUAGGAGCUCCCUUGAUGAAGUUACAUUUGAAAAGAACAGACUAGAAGCUUCUCUGGAAUCAAUAUCUGCAGAUUAUGAUGAACUGAAGUCAGAGAAGAUGGUGCUAACUGAAAAAAAUUUGAAAAUGCAGAAGGCUAUAACUGAGGGAGAAAGUGCCAAACGUAGUAGGGAAGCUUUGGAAGAAAAGAUUCUGCGUUUAGAAGGUGAUCUAGCUGCAAAGGAAGCAUUGUCUACUAACGAAUCAGAACUUAGAAACGAAAUUAUCCGCUUUAAGCGGGCAAAUAGCCAAUUCCAGCGUAAGGUUCAGUUGCUUGAAAAGGAGAAAGAUGAAGCACAAAAGAAAAUCUCUUCUCUUCAGAAGGAGCUUUCGCUGAAAAUUGAAGGCCCAGUUUGGGAGGAGAAGGGAGUCCUAACGGGGUCAACUGGUGAAGAAUCAUAUAAUCAGGAUGAUGGAGUAAAAGAUGUUGGUGUUUUCUGUGAGAAGAUACAGAUUGUUGAGGAUGAUGUCGAUACACUCAGCAAGAAUGGAGGAACGACGAUGCCAUGUACAAGCAUUGACCAGUCACAGCUGCCACCAGAAAAGCACAAUUUAGAUGAUCAUGUGGACCAUGAAGUUGAGUGUGUAAAAUUGCACAAGGGAAGCGCAGGCUGUAAUGAUGAUGCCUUGAAGAUCCAGAUUCUAGAAACCGAGCUGGCUGAAGCUUUGGAGGCAAACAAAUUGUACAAGGUACAACUAAAAAGUCUUUUAUGUGAACCAUCAAAUAUAUGUGCGUCAACACUUGAGAAACUCGGGACCCUUGGCGAAAUGAUGAAAGACUUGGAGGACUAUAAGAACAAAGUGACAUCUCUUGAAACAGAGCUCAAAGACAUGCGUGAGCGCUAUUUCAAUAUGAGUCUCAGUUUUGCAGAAGUGGAAGCACAGCGCGAGGAACUUGUCAUGAUCGUAAGGUCUCUCAGAAACGGAAGUUAGCUCAUGCACUUAGGACCUGUCGUCCAUGCACUUGUUAUUUGUUACUUAUUCUUUUCAUUUAGUGUAAAUAAUGAGCAAAAUUUUUACCUGAAUUCUUAUCUAAUUUUGGUGCAAAACCCCAAUGGAAAAUGGUAGUGAUAAUUGCUGGGAAGCGGGAAGGGGAGGGAUUUUGUCAAGCAUCAGCCGCUCGUCACUUGAUUUUUAAGCGGUUUUAGUGGUUGUGUAUUAAUAAUAGUUUUGUUUGCUUUGUCCUUGUUGCAGAAGAAUCUGAAAUUUCCGAGAUUCCAGACUUACAGGUCGCUUUCUGACAUAAUUAUGCAGAAUAAUAAUGUAAUACUCAUGUUUA